AUGAUGGCAACCAUGACCGUCUACCUUUCAGGUUGUUUAUGCUUGCUACUCCUCUUAGUUGUCUUCAAGUUUAUUCACAAAUUCUGGUGGACUCCAAUCUGCAUACAGUCGAAGAUGAGAUCACAAGGUAUCAAAGGUCCUUCCUACAAAUUCAUUCAUGGAAAUUUCAAAGAGAUCAUUAGCAUGAGAAAUGGAAUUAAGAUGAAUUCCAGAGAAAUAUCCCAUCACAUAUUGCCUAUAAUUCAACCUCAUAUUUACUCUUGGCUCAAGCUUUUUGGUAGAAACUUCAUUCUAUGGCAUGGUCCGACAGCUCAAUUAUAUGUUACGGAGCCUGAGCUCAUCAGAGAGAUACUGAAUGAUAAAGAUGGAGCCUACCCCAAAAGAAAGCUGGCAUAUAUUUCGAAGAAGCUUUUCGGAGAUGGGCUUGCAACUGCGCAAGGUCAAAAAUGGUUGAAGCAAAGGAAAUUGGCCAACUACACUUUCCAUGCGGAGACCUUGAAGAAUAUGAUCCCUUCAAUGAUCGCGAGUGUGGAGAUGAUGCUAGAAAGAUGGAGACAGUAUGAAGGCAAGGAGAUUGAUGUAUUCCAAGAAUUCAAGGUUUUAACAUCAGAAAUUAUCUCCAGGACGGCUUUUGGAAGCAGUUACUUGGAAGGGAAGAACAUAUUCAAUAUGCUAACAACGAUGGUUACCAUCAUUCUCAGAAGUUCCUUCAGAAUAAGGAUUCCAGUACUUGAUAAGCUUGUGAGGACACCAGAUGAUAUUGAAUCAGACAAACUGCAACAAGAUAUACGAGACUCCAUUAUUAAAAUGAUAAAGAAGAGAGAAAAGGAUAUGCAAAGGGGAGAACUUGAGAGCUAUGGAGGUGAUUUUCUUGGAGCGCUAAUAAAGGCUAAUCACAGUGUAGAUGAGAAUCAGAAAAUAUCCAUAGAUGAUGUAGUCGAUGAGUGCAAGACGUUUUACUUUGCUGGACAUGAAACCACAGCCAGCUUACUCUCCUGGACUAUUCUUCUUCUUGCAACACACACCCAUUGGCAAGACAGAGCAAGAAAGGAAGUCCUUGAAUUAUUUGGACAACAAAAUCCAAACCCAGAUAGCAUCUCCAGAUUAAAGAUCAUGAGUAUGAUUAUCAAUGAAUCUUUAAGACUGUAUUCUCCUGCUACUGACCUUAUAAGGGAAACCAACAAGGAAAUCAAAUUGGGAAGGCUUAUAGUACCAGCUAAUAUGCAUAUCACGAUAUCAGUUCCAGCGGUUCAUCAUGACCCUCAUUUAUGGGGAGAAGAUGCUCACCUUUUCAAACCUGAAAGAUUUGCAGAAGGGGUUGCUAAAGCUACCAACAACAACAUGGCGGCAUUUUUACCCUUUGGUUUGGGGCCUCGGACAUGUGUAGGCUUGAAUUUUGCAUCUAUAGAAACAAAGCUGACUCUCUCAAUGAUUCUGCAACGAUACAAAUUCACUCUGUCUCCAACUUAUGUCCAUUCACCAGUGCAGUUCAUAACAGUUCAACCACAACAUGGACUUCAAGUCUUGCUUCACGCCUUCUAAAAUAAAUAGAACAUAAUUUGAGAAUUGUAAUAAUGUACACUUGGGGUGCCAGACCAAACAGAAAGGCUACUUCUACAGUGGUUUUAUGUAAUGCUGUUAAUUUAAGGUUCACAGAUGUAGAUUUUCUUUCUCAA